AAGAUAUUUAGCUAAAGAAGUUGGAGGAAGUGCCUAAAUCAAGCAUCUAUGGCGCGGCUAUGGCCGUCCAUCGCUGCUGCUUCGUCGUCUUCCUCUUCUCCUCCUACCACUACCUUCUUUGCUUCACUUACGCUUUCCAGCUCCAGAAUCGGACGCGCGAAUUCGAACAACACGAACAGCUAUCCAUCGAUUAACCGUGAUUUUCCUUCGAUUACGCCCUUGUGCCACAGAAGGUUCUGCAAUUUGAAGUUCCUUGACCUCGUCCCUGGUCCAAUCAGGAAACGCCGAGUUUAUGGUGACUCGGUGGCGGGAAGGAGCACCGCCAGCAGCAAAAACCCGGAGGACACUGAAUCUCAGCCGUCGCCGUCACCGAUGGAUUGCGUCGGUACUGGGCUAAAUGUGGAGUGCGUUACCGACGGAGGAACCGAGGAGGGAUUGUUGUAUUCGGUGGAAGAGGAAGAAGAACAGAGUGAAGAAUUUGGCGGGUCGUUGUUGGAUUGGGCGGUGCUGGUCUCGCCGUUCUUCUUCUGGGGCACGGCCAUGGUGGCGAUGAAGGAGGUGUUACCAAAGGCUGGCCCGUUUUUCGUGGCAGCGUUUCGGCUCAUUCCUGCGGGUUUGCUGCUUGUAGCAUUUGCGGCUUACAGACGCAGGCCUUCGCCAUCAGGAUUCCCUGCCUGGUUCUCCAUUGCUGUCUUUGCUCUUGUGGAUGCUGCUUGUUUCCAGGGGUUUCUUGCUCAAGGUUUACAGAGGACAUCUGCUGGUUUGGGAAGUGUUAUAAUAGAUUCUCAGCCAUUGACGGUAGCUGUGUUAGCAGCCUUGUUGUUUGGCGAAUCCAUUGGUAUAGUGCGAGCUGGAGGGCUCGUUCUCGGGGUCCUCGGCCUUCUGCUUCUUGAGAUACCAUCUCUAGCUUUAGAAGAUGAGAGCAACUUUUCAUUAUGGGGGAGUGGGGAAUGGUGGAUGCUCCUUGCAGCUCAGAGCAUGGCUGUUGGCACUGUCAUGGUCCGAUGGGUCACAAAAUACUCCGAUCCAAUUAUGGCUACAGGAUGGCACAUGGUUAUAGGUGGAAUUCCUCUUCUAGCAAUUUCCUUUCUCAACAAUGAUCCAGCUUUCAAUGGCAGUAUUAUUCAAGAGCUUACCACAAAUGAUAUAGUGGCUCUUCUCUAUACCUCCAUUUUCGGCAGCGCUGUUAGCUACGGCGUUUUCUUCUACAGUGCCACUAAAGGAAGCCUGACAAAGCUAAGCUCGCUCACCUUCUUGACACCCAUGUUUGCUUCCAUCUUUGGGUUUCUGUACCUUAACGAGACAUUCUCGCCGCUGCAACUAGCUGGAGCAGCCGUCACUUUGGUCGCAAUAUACAUGGUCAACUUUCAAGAGGACAUUGCCUGAACCACAUUCAUUACACAUCUACCUCAUUUUGACUCCGUAGAAUAAUAGGGAGUUUCUGUUCUUAUUUCUCAUUAGUUUCUUCAUCAGUGACAGUUUACUAACUACUUGAAACAAGAGCUAUACUUGGCCAUUAGAAAUAAUAAAACCAUCGCCUUUUAUUACAUAA